AUGGCGACCGAAAAGCAAGGCGGAGCUCCAGAGCUCCAGAUCGAGACCACUGACAAUGGCCUCGACCACCUCAAGGAUGUCGACCUGCACGACAAGGCGCUCAACACCGAAGCUCACCAGGCCACGGCCCAGGAGCACAGCUUUGGCGUCUUUCAGGCCCUCAAGACGUACAAGCGGGCUGCGUUUUGGUCCAUCCUCAUCUCGACCACCGUCAUCAUGGAGGGUUACGACGUUACCCUCCUGAGCUCGUUCUACGCUUACCCGACUUUCCGCGAGAAGUACGGUGCCUGGCUGGAUGAGGACAACGGAUACCAGAUCUCGGCAAACUGGCAGCAGAGGUUCAACUGUCUCGGAGCCUUUGCCAACAUCAUCGGCGCCUUGCUGAACGGAUGGGCGACUGCCAAAUGGGGCCACCGCAAGGUCCUCAUGGCGAGCCUGUUUUGGUUGACUGCCUUCAUCUUUGUCGUCUUCUUUGCGCCCAACAUCGAGGUCCUGUUGGUCGGUCAGUUCCUUUGCAACAUCCCCUGGGGCGUGUUUGCCACUACUGGCCCCGCGUAUGCUGCUGAGGUUACCCCUCUGGCUAUCCGUGGUUAUCUCACUGCCUAUGUCAACCUGUGCUGGUGCAUCGGCCAGUUCAUCUCAGCCGGCGUCCUCAAGGGUCUCGUCAGCAACUCUACCGAGUGGAGCUACAGAGUCCCCUUUGCCAUCCAGUGGGUGUGGCCCGUCCCUCUGUUUAUCGCCGCCUGGAUGGCCCCCGAGUCUCCGUGGUAUCUCGUCCGGACGAACCAGCUCGACGAGGCCAAGCGAUCCCUCGAGCGUCUUUCCGAGCCGGAGCAUGACAUCAACAUUGAUGCCACCGUCGCCAUGAUGGUGCACACCAACAAGCUCGAGAUCGAGGAGCGGGCUGGCGUCACGUACUGGGACUGCUUCCGCGGAAGCAACAUUCGACGUACCGAGAUCGCAUGCGUGGGCUUCCUCUCCCAGAUCACCAACGGCGGCGCUCUCUGUUACAGUGGAUCUUUCUUCUUCCAGCAGACCGGUAUUAGUCCUGAUGCUUCGUACGGAAUCGCCCUCGGUGGCACUGGUAUCGCCUUUGUCGGAACCAUCAUCUCGUGGUUCUACAUCUCCAAAUGGGGACGCCGCACAAUCUGGCUCGCCGGCUUCUCCUCCCUGGUUGUCAUCCUCUGGGUCAUCGGAUUCCUAGCCCUCGCCAAGCAGACCAUGGCUCUCGCCUGGGCGCAGUCGCUGCUCUGCAUCGUUUGGCUCGCCGCUUACUCCAUGUCGGUCGGCCCCAUCAUCUACACCUUGGUUGCAGAGAUUGGCUCAACCCGCCUGCGAACCCAGACAGUCGUCCUGGCCCGAUCGACCUACUACGUCGGCAACAUUGUCUGCGGAGGACUCCUCCAGCCCCAACUACUCUCCCCCGGAGCAUGGAAUGCAAAGGGAAAGACUGCCUUCUUCUGGGCCGGCCUCGCUACUCUUACGCUCGUUUGGGGCUACUUCCGCAUGUUUGAGACCAAGGGCCGAACCUUUGGUGAGAUGGACUACAUGUUCCAGAAGGGCGUCCCGGCUCGCAAGUCUGCCAAUUACAAGAUCAACGAAGAUGAAGUGUUCCUCGCUGAAGCUCAGGCCAGCAGGGAGCAAAAGUAA